AGGAUCAAACGUUACUUAAGAACUUUACAUAAAAUGUUAUAGCUUUUCUUCUAAAUAACCAUACUAUUUACAUCCCUUUCCAUCCUACUCCUAGCACUUCUAAACACAUAGGUAAAUAUAAAAAGAUAGGAGCUCGGUAUUGAGUUUCUGAGGGUACAUUAAUAAAAAAUUGAGGUUGUGUAUAUGAUGCGAUGGUAAAUGCCAAUAUUUUACGUAACAGUUAACAAAAGACAUACUAAAAACUGGGCACUGACACAUUUCUAACAUUGGUUUAAAUUCCGUUUAAUGACAUUAGUAAAUAUGACUGCAGCGCUUCCCUCGAUUGCCCCUCUUCGGCGGCCACCACGGUAUAGACUACAAACAUGUGCAGCCCACGUUUGGUGUCUCUUUUGCCUUGCCCCCUGCACCUAAUAUGGCAUCCAACUUCCACCCCUACAAUCCUCAUAUCUCACCUUUCGGGCGAUCUAUAUUUGCGGGUGGUAUUAAUUUAGGCAUAGCCACUGUUAAUCCACUUCUUUCUCUCCAAAUCAGUAAAGAUGAAUACGGAGAAAAAGUUUAUUCACCUCUUCUACACUUUCAUAUAACGCCCAGUCAACAUAAAAUAGAUGCUUUAAACCAUAUUUUCAAUGACAAAAAGUAUUAUCUCUUGAACAAGCACCUCCAUUACCAUACAUUGCAUCAACCAUUGCAAGUGACGCCUCCAUUGCACCCUGGGUACCCAGUACCAGCGCAACCUCCUCCUUACUAUCACGGCCCACAUUAUCCACAUCAUUUCGGACCAUCGCAUCACUCACUUCACUCGCCUCAUCCACUGCCACACCACAUACCUCCUCUGCACCCUCCUCAUCCUCCGCAUCAUCUUCAUCGCAAUGAAAACCCCAUACAUCAUCCGCCUCAUUACGAAUCUCCAGUAUACUCUCCUCAAUACCCAAAUUAUGAAAAUGAUGACAACAUUCGUGGACCUCCAAGAGGCUUCGAUGAAUACAAUGAGGAUGCCAGUGAAGGUUUUGACAGUGAGGAUUACCCUUACGGUCAACAGAGGAGUUUAAAUUCUAACUAUGGAUUGGCAAAUGUGUCUCACAAUGCUGAUUCAGGUACUUACGCAAACCGGUUCGCCUAUUCUCGUUCCCUUGACCUUCCUUUAAAAUCUCCUGAGGCAAACCGGGGAUACCAAACAGUUCGAUUUCCUGACAACAGAAAGAAGAGGGAAAUCAAUGUAGAAAAUAUACCCUUAUCAGUACAAGAGGUAACAUCAGUUUCUUAAAUGUCUAAUUGUAUUACGUUAUUUUAUUAAUUUAUUGCGACUUUAAGAAGCUUAGGCUUAUAAAUACAGUAGGCUAAAUUUAAUGUCUAAAACAUUUA